CUCUGGAGCCGGCUCGCUGGGGCUCCGGGAGCGGGCUGCGCGGGGCUCGGGGCCGCGCCUUGCCACCUGCAGCGCCCGGGAGGGCCGCGGGGGCCUCGGCGGGACGCGCUCGGCCCUGUCGCGGGGGACUAACGCUGGGGAUCCUUGCAGGUGGGAGUCGGGAGCGUCUCAAAGCGCCCAAGCCAUGGUGGCCAAACAGCGGAUCCGGAUGGCCAACGAGAAGCACAGCAAAAACAUCACCCAGAGGGGGAACGUAGCCAAAACCUUGAGGCCGCAAGAAGAGAAAUAUCCUGUAGGACCAUGGCUGUUGGCACUGUUCGUUUUUGUUGUCUGUGGCUCAGCCAUCUUUCAAAUCAUUCAGAGCAUAAGGAUGGGCAUGUGAGGAGGCCGGGGCAUCUGACGCUGCGCCCUCCCGCUGGAGGGUGGAGGACCACGGAGGCCUUUGGCGGGUAUCUGUGGGAAGCCAACAGGCCACGUGGAAUAGAGAAGAGGCUUCGCCACUGGUUCCCUGACCACUUCCGCCUGGAAGUCAGACCAAACUGCCUUCUCACAGAACAUCUCGGUGAAUCCGUGUCCUCCAGCGGAAAGGACAUUCUGCUUUUCUGUUGGCGGGAUUGGUAGCCACGCRGGUCGUCUGCAGCAGUGCUGUCUGUCUGGUUCCCCCUUGGUUUCACUAAUGUGUGCAUGUGGCCCUCUGAAUGACCGCUGGUUUACUUUCUACCGAUGCAAUCUCUCCUCUGUCGGGAAAUGGUUUUACAAAUAAAUGUCUUCAUUCAACCUUA